UUUUUCCUUUGUAGAAUACGAAAUGGGAAAUGUUUAUAAAAAAAAAGUGAACAAAUCAACGAACUGAUAGGUACGUUAAGGCAUAUUUUUCUCGGCAAAAGCCUUUACUUACACGCGACACAUUUCGUUUCAAGGACAUGGAAGACGAAUUAGAAGAUAGAGUUUUACAUCAAACCUAUAUUUCUUUCAUGAAAAUAUUGUCACGUUUAUCAAGUAGUGUUCCAUUCGAUGCUCCCGCGAGCUAUUUAUGGAAAAUGGUGCGGCUUUAUUUACUCCGAUCAGAAGUCGUGGUGUUCACUUUAGGCAUAAUAUUAUUUUUGAUGUAUCUUCAAACAAUAGAGCUAUGGAGUCGUACCUUGUUAAGUCGGUUAUCUCAAGCUAUGAGUCCUAUAGGAGCAGUUCAAAGAAUGAAAUUUAUGGAGGGUUCUGAUGCUGAUAAACAAAGUUGGGAGUUGAAAGGUACUUUGAGCGCAGCUUUUGCAAUUAGAGGAAGGAGAAUGCAUAUGGAAGAUAGGUUUAUUAUCAAUGAAAACAUCAACAAUACAGGAAUUUCACUCUUUGCUAUAUUUGAUGGACAUGGUGGUGAAUUUGCUGCUAAUUAUGCAAAAGAUCAUCUUAUUCAAAACUUGUAUAAUAAAAUAGUAGAAAUUAAUGCAUUCAAGGAUGGUAAGGUCCUCAGUACACCACCCAAAGAGACUUCAGAAGAAAUUAAAUCAAAGGAACAAGAAAACGCAAUUAGUGUAGAAAGGAAAUCUAGUUUUAAAAAGUCAGUCAGUACAGCUGAUGAUACUUCUCGAAAGGAAAUCACAGACCCAGAAUUACUAGCACAACUCUCCAAGGCUAGACCUAUAACAAGAGAAGUAAGACCAGCCAUCAAACCUUUAAAAAACAUAGUUAUUCCAAUUUCUUCUUAUUUGGACAAAGGAAAGAUAAACUAUGGUAAACUUUUAACCGAUGAGGUUUUGGCAGCAGAUAGAAUGCUGGUGGAAGCAGCAAAAAGAUCUAUGAAUGUUGCUGGAACCACAGCUCUCAUUGCUGUCAUGGAAAAUAAUCACUUAAUAGUUGCUAAUGUUGGUGAUUCCAGAGGAGUUAUGUGUGACUCUCGAGGGAAUGCCAUACCUGUGUCUUUUGACCAUAAACCACAACAAGUGAGAGAACAAAAGAGAAUUGAAGCUGCCGGAGGUUACAUUGCCUUUAAUGGAGUUUGGAGAGUGGCGGGCAUACUAGCCACAUCUCGAGCAAUGGGUGACUACCCUUUGAAAGAUAAAAAAUUUGUUAUUGCUGAUCCCGAUAUUCUUACAUUUAAUUUAGAUGACCACAAACCCAUGUUCUUAGUGUUAGCUUCUGAUGGCUUAUGGGAUACAUUUUCAAAUGAAGAGGCUGUUAAAUUCAUUAAAGAAAGAUUAGAUGAACCAGAUUUUGGUGCCAAAAGCUUGACACUACAAGCCUACUAUAGAGGUUCAGUGGACAACAUUACUGUUUUAAUUAUAAAUUUCACAAGUGAUAAAAUCGCUACAGCAAGUAAUGCAGACUAGUUAUAUUGCAGAUGAUUUAACUUUUCUUCAUCAAAAAGAUGAACUAUAUUGGGUACUAUCACAGUACUGAAGAUUAUAUAUAUUUAUUCAUUUUACAACUGUUCUCAAAG